GGCAGCAUCUAUAUUUACCUUAUCAAAAUCCACUCAAUCGAUAGCCAGCGAUGGAGCUCCGCCUCCUCAACCCGGCAAACCACCGCGCAAUCGCCUGCUCCACCACUAAACCUUACUCCAAGAAAGUCUCGCAGCCCGACGACAGCAAGCGUCAACAACAGGACCUUCAGAUUCGUAAAAUUUCGAAGAAAGACCUCUCAAGAAUCUUGAGAACAGAGUCUGCCAUUAAAGCCAUUGAGGGGAAGGUUAAUUCCUCCAAGUACAAUAAUCUAUGGCCUAAAGCUGUUCUGGAAGCUCUGAGUGACGCAAUUAAGCAAAACCGUUGGGAGUCCGCUCUUAAGAUAUUCGAGCUUCUACGAAGGCAGCAGUGGUAUGAGCCGAGACGCCAGACAUAUGCGAAGCUCUUGGUAAUGCUGGGCAAGUGCAAGCAGCCAAAUCAAGCUAGCCUGCUUUUUGAAACAAUGCUCUCGGACGGCCUAAAGCCUGCAGUCGAUGUUUACACCUCACUUGUGGGUGCUUAUGCUGUAAACGGGCUUUUCGAUAAAGCCUUCAGUGUUGUCAAUGAUAUGAAGUCCGUACGUGAUUGCACACCGGAUGCUUUCACUUACUCCAUCCUCGUCAAAUGCUGUGCCAAGCUGAAAAGGUUCGAUAUGAUCGGGCGAGUUCUUGAAGAAAUGUCGAAUUCAGGACUUGAAUGUUGUACAGUGAUGUACAACACCCUAAUAGAUGGGUACGGUAAAGCUAACCGUUUUGAGGAUAUGGAGAAAUUUUUGCAUGAAAUGAUUCAGAAGGAAAAUUGCGUCCCGGAUAUUUUUACCUAUAACUCGGUUGUUGGGGCUUACGGUAGGUUUGGGAGGAUUAAUGAAAUGGAGAAGUGGUUUGGUGAGUUUAAUAAGAUGGGAUUAAAGCCUGAUAUAAUGACGUACAACAUUCUGAUCAAGUCGUACGGGAAUUCGGGCUUGUACGAAAAAAUGGGAAGUGUUGUGGAUUUUAUGGAGAAGAGGUUUUUUUCGCCUACAACGGUCACUUACAAUAUUAUAAUCGAGGUAUUUGGAAAAAGCGGAGAUAUUGAAAAGAUGGAGGAGAUUUUCUUGAAUAUGAAACAUCGUGGUUUGAAGCCUAAUUCGAUCACGUACAGUUCUCUUGUGAGUGCAUAUGGUAAAGCCGGGAUGUUUGGGAAAGUUGACUCGAUUUUGAGGCAAGUGGAGAAUUCGGAUGUCGUGCUCGAUACGCCUUUUUUCAACUGUGCUAUUAAUGCAUUUGGGAAAUUUGGUGAUGUAGAGAGGAUGAUGGAGCUAUUAGAGGCAAUGGAGGGGUGUGGGUGCAAACCGGAUGAUAUCACGUUUGCUACAAUAAUCCAAGCGUGUCGUGCAAAAGAGAUGAUUAAUACUGCUAAAGAUUUGGAGAGUAAAAUGAUUCAUGUUUCGGGUACAUUUUUUCUCUUCAUAUAUAUUCCUUUCUGGGAAGGAGGAAGUGGAUUGGCUGAGUUUACAAAAUCCAUUAGUAAGGAUGUCUUAUCGUCAAAAGCGAGGGAGAAGCUCUUGUUAAACUCUUGCAUCUCUCGUCAGGUGAGUAUAUCGCAUCUUUGUGCUGUAGCAAGUGAUUGCUGUGAAGAAUCGAGUUAUUGCUAUGAAGACUCGAGUUCUUGAUUGGGUCCACUCAUCUCUUUAACCUGUGAAACUGGAGAAGAUAGUGUGGGAUAGAAUGCCAAAAAUACAAGCCAAAUAACCAGUAAGAAUUGUAACUCAAUUCGUUUUAGUUAUUUCUGUAUUGUUGGCAUGCUUGUGCUGCGAUGUUCCCAUUGUUUUAUCUCAUGUAAAUAAAAUCAAGCGUUAAAAGAUUUAGCUACAACUUUGUCGGUAUGCCUUUCGCCAAUUCACUCUGAUAGCACACCAUGUUUUCUUCACAGCAUGCUUUCGUAUUAAAAUUUGUUUACC